GGACUACAUAGGUACAGAGUGCACCACCCUCCUGCUCCUGGGUCAAUGACUGUUCCCUGCUGGAUGCUGACUGCUGGCUGAUGAAUUUGCUUGUCUCUGCACUUGGCUCCCCUGGGUGACCAACUGAGGUGAAGGCACUUGCCACAGCAGUCCAUUCAAACAUGGCCACUGCUGAUGACAACACUGAUGCACAGCUUCUUCUACAGAAAAGGAAUCAAGAUAUCCAAAAGAUAUUGAAAAAUGUGGGACUAGACUCUGAGUACUGGUUGCCUAAAUUGAAGAACCACCUAGGUGUGACCAGUGCACAGGCCUUGGAAUACUUAGAAGAGAAAGAUCUCCAGGUCCUCAAAUCCCAGGUGCAGCAUCCAUGGGAAAAAAAAGCCCUAGAGAAGCUGUUUGAUCUGUCACACUCAAAUACUCACCGACGGUUACAGGACUCAUCAGUGGACAUGAUAAACAAAAGGCAGAGGCGAGCAGAACAAGCACUUCAAGGGCUAAAAGACCUGUUCUUGGAAGGAAAGCAGAGGGAGGAUGAGGCAGUGAGAAGAAAAGAAGCAGAGUUGAGGCAAGCAAUAGAGAUCCCUGAAGAGUUCUGGCCAGUACGUGAAAAGCCCCUGUGGCAAGUAAUGGAGAAUGUGCAGAGAAAUCUCAGUCUCAUGCAGCAAACUGUUUUACACAAGAAAGAUCUUUCAGAUAGAGAUCUGGUAAAAUGGGCAUCUGGAGGCCUUGCCCUGCAGGGAGUUUACCAAACUGGCCAACAAAGGGACCUGGUAGAGAGAAGAGAAAAGCUACUUAGUGUCCCCAAAGAGUUCUCAUUCUCUGGCCCAGAACAGGGCACACGGAUGGAAACAAGAGAAUUUACAUCUUCUCAAGCAGAAGCCAUGUUCACUGAGAGCAUGGAGAAGCUGGGCUUCAGUGUAACAGCCUCAGCCAGUGGUGGGGGAUGGGGAUUUAGUUUAGAAGGUGGCACAGAUAAAAACAAACAUUCCGAAUCCAAUGAAAUCCAUAAAUCCCAUUCUGAACAUUCUUAUUUUUGCUCAACCAAGUUCAGCUACAUCCCCCUGGCCUCCUGCCACUUUCCCACUGAUCAACUCCAGUUCUCCAAGGCUGCACUCCAGGAACUAAAACACAUUGAUGACCUCCUGGAUCAUGCUACAUCCCCUUUGUUGAAGCAAAGGAUUGAAAACUUUUUCCACAGGUUUGGGUCUCAUGCUAAUCAAGGCCCUCUGCACCUGGGAGGAAUCUACUGGUGGAAGGCAAUUUCAGAGGGUUUCCAAAGAGAGCAGCUAGAAGAUGUAAAGAAGCAAGCAGCAGAGGCUCUAGACACUUGCAUAAUGGGCAGCUACAGUGGCUUUGGAAUGAAAGUUGCUGCAAGUCUGACUCUGUCAAAAUUACAUUCUAAAAAAACCACUGAAAGCAAAUUGCUUCAAAACCAUCAAACCAAUAUCAAAUUAUCUGUGGCCCAGACUGGAGGCCCACCAGAGUCAGAAGGUCUUUUCCAGUGGAAAACUGGUCUUGAGGCCAACAAUCAAACCUGGUGUGUCAUUGACAGGGGCCUUCAGCUGGUCCCAGUUUGGGAUAUCAUCCUCUCCAGCCACAGAAGUGAUUUCAAAGAUGCUCCAAAGUUGGCCAAAUACAUGAAAGACAACUAUAUUGCUUUGACUGGCCUCAGUGCCCAGAUCCAAUAUGGAGGGGAAAUACUGAGUGCUGAAGAGGAAGCUAGAGUGUUUCUAGAGGAUGUAAAAUCCUGGGAAGUGUCUGAUCCUGAAGAACAGCUUAAAAAGUUAAUGAAUUUCAUGCAAAGUUUGUGUAAGAAAAGAACAGAUUAUGAUAUUUGGAUUAAUAUGUGCCUCACAAAUUUUGAUCUACAGAAUUUCUUAUUGAGUGUAGUAAACUUUUGCAAAACAUCUUCCAUUCAUGAAACUAAAUUUAUUAAAUCUCAGCUGCGCACACUUCUGGAUCCUCAUGUGUACAAAGUGGAAAACUUCCCUCAAACUCACUCCAUCAUGCAGUGGAUCUAUAAAUCAGAGUCAAAGCAAGAGGAAGUCAAUAUCUCCCAAUUUUCAGAACUAAUUAAAAUCUUAAAAGAAGUACUUAAUGAUAUUUUGGGAGUAAAGAUGAAAUCUGAUUCCCCAGAAACUGUGGAAGAGGCUCAAAGAAAAGUCACUCAUAAAGUCAGCUUGGCACUUACUUGCUUUUUGAAGUACCUCAGAGAAGUAGAGGAGAAAGACACAGAGCUCUUGUUGCUUUGCAUUGCAAUUGGUGCAGGAUAUCACUUGGUUCAUAAAACUUUUCAACAUGUUCUGGAUUCUGAGGAAUUAAAAUUUCUACUAAAUGAAAUGCAAAAUGCCCAAAGCAAAUACCAAGAGCUGAAAAAUAUUUCCAACCACAGAGCUCAUGCAUUCCUGGUUCUUAUAAGUCUGACAGCCUCAGCUAGAGUAACAGCUAUUUGCACAGAAGAAAAAACACAGCGCAUGACAUUGAUCGGACAAUGCAUGGGCCAAUCUCUGUCCCCAAAAGUUGCAUAUGUCCUCAACAAACCUGGAGCAGGAGGUCACAAUUGGGAAAACCUAGAAAAAGACUUGAGAUUGAUCAUUGAUGGGGAUUAUGAAGGCUCCAGAUCAUAUUUUCAAGUAGAAAAGAUCAAAGAAGAGUUUCAAAGUCUCUUUGAUGAGAAUAAAGAGAUAUGUAAAUCACAUGAUAAAGACAACAGUAAACAGCAGGUGAUAGAAAAUGGGGCCUUCCAAGAUUUACUCAGGCGUCUAGGCCUAGAAAAUUAUUUCUCAAAAAGAAUGGGUAGGGCUGAUUUCCAUCUUGUCUAUAAGAUUCCUGUUUACAGAACCCAGCCCACCUCUGAACGAGACCUUCCAUUCUGUUUCCUACAGAAGCUGCUGAUGCUUGAUUAUGGAUUCAGAUAUCUGGUAUACAGAGAGAAAGAAAAUAUGGAACAUCAGGCUUAUUCAAGUGCCUCUGAUGAAAAUGAUGAUUCUGAUCCAUAUGAAGACCCUUUUUGUGAUGGUAAUAGUCCUGUUACCAAUAAACUGAAGCCUCAUAUUCACCCAAUGGACAUCCAGAUGGCAAUUUUUCACUGUGUAGAUGAUUUUGCCAGACAAUAUAUUUUGGGAAAGCUUUCUAUUUGUCAAUUUGCCCUCCCCCUUUUGGUGCCUAACCCCUGUACUUCACAAAUUGAAUUCUCACUCUGGUGUCUCAGACAAAUUAGAAGAAGUUGGCAGCAUUCAAGUAAAUCUCCUCAAGGAAGGUACAGUUUUCAUAACCAGCAGAUUUGUUGUGUGCCCACCCCCAUUGUGUCUUUCAUUAGAGUUGGAAAUGGCCUCUCUGCUUCGAAAUCUCAGACCAUGAACUAUCUUCUCAGUAAACGUAAACAUGAUGUGUUUUUUCACCGUCACUGCAAGGGAAGCAGCAAAGACUGUCUCUUGAUGGAGGGUGUGGUGGAAAUCUGCUGGUUCUGUCCUGGGGCAGAAGAUGAGGACAGAUUUGACAACUGUGUGACCUUUGCCAAUCUUCAUGGAGAUGCAAAGGAACACAAGCAGCAACUUGCUUUCCUGAAGGAGGUCUCUUCUCUCAUUGUGAUCCUUAUGUCAGCCUCUGAUGACAAUGAAGAGAACAAGGACAUUGUCCGUGACCUAUGGCAAUCUUCAAAAUUACCUGUGAUCUGCUUACUUGAUGACAAGGAAAAAAAGAACGUCAAUCCAUCUGGCAGAAAAAUAAAAAUUGGCAUCAGGAAUAGAAAUGAGGCAGACUUAACAGAGGAGAUCACUAUUGCAGUCAGACGUCUGCUAGGACUCACUGUGGCUUCUCACAGCAUGGAAGACUGUUCUCACAUUGCGCGCAAGCAAGGAUUCCUUAUUGAUGAAGACCACAGAGAGUGCAAGGAAGCCAAAGAUAAGGCAGAGAUUAUAAUGGCCCUCCUGAGAGAAAUGAAUGUAUCUCACAUUAAGGAAGUUGUACUACCCCUGCAGGGGGAACUUUGGCAUCUUUGGUGUAAAAAAGAUAAAGAACUUUAUCAUUUAAGAGAGAAGGGGAACAAGAGUAUUGAGCAACACAAGUGUGAUAUUGAGGAGGAAAAACAAACAAUAAGGCAUCAACAGUUGGAAAAGGCCUUGAAACCCAAUGACAUAGUGCUAUAUUUUCUACAAAUUUUGAAACAUAACUCUGAAAAUGAAACCAAACUCUACUUUUUGCACUGGCUGAGUAUCUUUUUGGACAACCUCUCAAGAGGACACUUGGAAAAACUACAAGAGAAACAAAGAUCUUUAUGGUCAAGGGUACAAGCAGAAAAGCAAAAGGCACAGAAAAGCAACUCCCUGGACCUCUUGAAAAAUGAGAUAAUAACCAUUUCAACAGAGAUUAGUCAGUGCACCUUGGGAAUUGAGCUGUUUAUGAGAGAAAUUGGGCAGAUGUAUGAAGCUCUGGAAGAAAUAUCCUCCAAAAGAGAUACUGUUUUUCUGUGCCUUCCCCAAAUUGCUGCAGACCUGAUGCUGUCUGGCAUGCCCAUUGAGCUGAUGGAUGGUGAUGCAUCUUAUGUGCCUCUGAAAUGGGUAGCAGCUGUAUUUGACAAGGUCUCUGAGAAGCUCCCAGGCAAGAGGCUAUUUGUUCUUUCUAUCCUUGGCCUGCAGAGUUCAGGGAAGUCCACCUUGCUGAAUGCCCUUUUUGGGCUGCAGUUCUGUGUCAGUGCAGGCAGGUGUACCAGAGGUGCCUACAUGCAGCUCCUGAAGGUGGAGGAGACCUUUGCAGGGGAACUUGGAUUUGAUUUUCUAUUAGUUGUAGACACAGAAGGACUUAGGGCCCCUGAACUCAAUAGCAAAUCCCAGAAUAGGGACAAUGAGUUGGCAACUUUUGUCAUUGGACUUGGUAACUUGACUCUGAUUAAUAUUUUUGGAGAGAACCCUUCAGAGAUGCAGGAUAUUCUACAAAUAACUGUUCAAGCCUUUCUGAGGAUGAAACAAGUGAAAAUCUCCCCAAGUUGUCUCUUUGUCCAUCAGAAUGUGGGGGAAGCUACAGCUAAAGAGCAAACCAUGGAAGGACGAAGGCAGCUACAGCAGAAAUUAGAUGAGAUGGCAGCAAUGGCUGCUGAGCAAGAACAGUGCACAGAUGUAUUCUGCUUCAACGAUGUCAUUAAGUUUGAUGUGAAUACUCACGUGCACUACUUUGCUCACCUGUGGGAUGGCAAUCCCCCAAUGGCUCCUCCUAAUCCUCGCUAUAGUCACAAUGUUCAAGAAUUAAAAAGUACAAUUUUUUUGAUAGCUAAGGAGGCGUCUAGGGGAAAUAUGAAGAUUUCAGAUGUGAAAUUUAGAGUGGAAGAUUUGUGGAGAGCCUUGGUCAGUGAGAACUUCAUUUUUAGUUUCAGAAAUACCCGAGAGGUCAUGGCCAUGAGCAAACUGGAGUCCAUGUAUAACCAGUGGUCCUGGAAGCUGAGGAGUUAUGUGUUGCACUUGCAGAAUCAGCUGAAUAAUCAGAUUCAGAAUGGAAAAAUCCAGGUCCUCCAAAGACGCUCUCUUGAAGAUCCCAUUACACAAACAUAUGACACCAUUAAGGAAGAUCUUGAGAAAUAUUUUAAUGAAGGCCCAGAGAGUGAAAUAAUGAUUCAGUGGAAAGGAAGUUUUGAAAAUAAGUUAUUAAUCCUUAAAGAGACACUUGUUUUAGAUGCCAAAAAAGAAGCCAAUAAACGCAUUGAUCUUAAGAAAAGUCAACAGAAACUGGAUGAGCAGAAGACAACUUAUGAAAAUGAAAUUUUGGAAAGGAGCCGAGAGUUGGCAUUAAGUGUAAAAGGUAAGGAAUUGAGUGAAGAGGAGUUACAGCACAAAUUCAAUGAACUUUGGAGUAAAUGGGUCUGUGAUGUGGCCUCAAAUGUUCGUCCAACAACAGAACCUAACAUUGUAGUGGAUUCUCAAAACAUCCUUUUGGAGCAUUUUAAAAAGGAAAAAAACUUGGUCAACAAAUUCAAGGGAAUUUCAGAAAAAAAAUUUGGCAUCAAUUAUGAUAGACAUAUCCAAAGGGGCAGGAAUUGGAUAGUUUUCAGAAAUGAGUUACAAGUAGAUGAUAUAGAGUUAAUUAAUACAACUACUAGUCACAUUUUCUCAAGAUUUGAUGAAACUAUUAGUAGUAUUUGGCAGGAACAUCGUGACUACAAUGUAAAUGAUUUUCACAAAAUUCUGAAAAUAAUAGAAGAGGAAGUGUCAUCUGCCCCUACAAACCAAAGGUUCUCAUUUACAAGCAAAUACAAUAUGGACUUAGCUUUCCAUUUAUUUGAAAAGGCAUCAAAAAGUUUUGAGGAUAUUCAUAGUGCAUUCAAGAAAGAAAAUAAUCCUGUGCACUAUCUGGAAAGAAAAAAAGGUGAUUUCCUUACAAGUUUCAAGAUCUCUAGCCAAGGAGCAACCUCUAUCAAAUCAUUUGUAGAUUUUCUAUGGUACAAACUCAUUCCUGCUGCAACUACCACCAUUAAGGACAACAUGGUCCCUAAAAUUGCUGGGGACAUGCAAGCUAACUGUGUUGCUUUCAAUGGAAACCGGGCUAAUCUGGAAAAACACAUUCUCAUCUAUCUGGCCGAGGAAGAAAAUUUUGAUAAGUAUUGGCAAUAUAUUCAUGAUCCAAAUUCCUUUUUUAGUGUUUACAUUCAAAACUAUAUUAAAAGAUACUGUUCAGAAGAAGAAAAAAGAAUAAAAACUUUUUUAAAAAUAAAUUUAGACAUCAUUAAGAAUGCCAUCCUCUGUGCUAUUCAUGAAUCCACCGCACAGGCUAAGGAUAAAAGCAGCACUGCAUCAGAGUGGUUGGAUUUGUUCUGUGACCACCUGGAGAAGAACUUGAUCUUUCCUCGAGCAGAUCUCCAAAGCAUUGAACACCAGGAGAUGAAAGAUAUAGAGUUUCUCAAAGAAGCCAUGAGUGCAGCUUUAGAUUCUGCAAUAAAGAAAGUCGAGCAAAAUUGUUCAGAUAUGCCUACUGAUGAAACUAUUUCUGAAGUUGAGAAAAUACUCUCUAAACAUUUCUGUGGCUGCUGGAAACAGUGUCCCUUCUGUAAGGCAAUUUGCACCAACACCAUUGCUGGACAUGACGGAGAUCACAGUGUUCCCUUUCACCGUCCUCAGGCUGUUAUUGGAUGGUAUUGGUAUGGAACAGAUCACUUCGACAUUGACUGCUGUUCUACUGCAGUAGCAAGUGAUAUUCUGUUUCUUCGGAAUGACAACCAGUGGUUCCCGUACAAGACCUACCGCCAGGCAGGAGGGGAUUAUGCUACUUGGAGUAUCACCCCAGAUUCAUCCUCCCAGUCAUAUUGGAAAUGGUUUGUUGUUCACUUCCAAUCAAACUUAGAAGAAAGAUACAAGAGAAAAUUUAAGAAUAGAGGUAGAAUCCCUGAUGCAUGGGCUAAAAUCACAAAGGAAGCUGUGCUUAGUGACUUGAAAGAAUAAUUUCGUUACCCCCCAAAAUAACACGCAACAGAAGAUGUCUAUGUUGUGUGAACAAAAAUGUCAUACCGUUAUAUCUUACUAAAAUGCAUGCUCCCUACAGCUAGAGAAUUCAGGUUUCUACUCCGUAGGUGAACUAUGUAAAAAGCAAAUGAUGUAACAUUUUAGAAGUUGAAGAUGUCCGAUACCAAAAUUCUUUUCUGUCUAUGUCAGUGCAGUCUUCUUUAAAGUCCAAUUACUAUGGCUGGCCAAAUAUCUCAGUGGAUUAAAGCACCUGCAUG